UUCCACCCCCUACAAAGAAAAUUUCACUCAAGACCUCGCUCAUGGCGUCUGUGACCAACAAGGAGAAUCGUGCAUUGCGGUCGCAGUCGCAGCAGCAACAGCAGGGAGCGUUUGGAGCGGAUGGCAGCGGCGCAAAGUUGAAACCGUUUCAAAAAACCGUUGAAACCUCACCACGCGAUCACUCUGCUGCAAAUCUUCAGCAACUGGCGACGCCUGCCGAUUCGUCACCGUCCAUGCCAGCAAAUCAAGCUGGAUCUCGCACGACAAGGCGGUCGUCGCGAAAAGGCGAUCCGAGUGCUGCAGCGGCGGUACCACCAACAUCGCCGGAUGCUGCCAAUGUUUCAACCGUUUCGCCCGAUUCAACCUCACCACCACAAUCCGUCCCUCUUCCCGAGUCACCCGCUGCCGCUGACAAUGCGAUCGGCAUUUGCGAUGCUCGUGCUAACAACAGUGGCAGUGGGUUGUUGAAUGCAUCCUCACCACCUGCGCAGGACUUGACUGCUUGGGCCGAGACCAGCUUUGCCCAGCUGUCCAUCGACGAUUGCGCAGUCGACGAGUCUGAGCACGAGGUGUUCUUUGGCAUUGUUUCGCAGAAGGAAAUCGAACUAGCAUCCAAAGUCGCAGCGCGACGAAGGUCGCUGCGAGGGUCAAAACCGGAAACUCUGCCGUUGGCACCACCGACCACCACCCUUGAUGCGACAGAGACCCCGUCGAGUGCAGAACAGGUAGCGACUCCAAUGGUCUUGUGCGAAUCCCAGAGCUCGGCCCCGGGUAUUUGCACAGCACCUCAAAUUGCAAGUCCCGCCAAGGUUGGUGAUGCCGAGGCGAAGGAAUCCCUCGCAAGUGCGCCGCGCUCGCCUACACGCAUUUUAAAUGCUGCCGAUACCCUUGGAGUGGACAUUGCAGCAACACCAUCUCGCUCGUCGGUCGCGCACGAGCUCGGAAAUGCUUCGCAGCAGCAGCAGCAGCAGUACAAGAAAUUCUCCAACUCGCAGACACCGACAAAGUUCUCCGCAAACCGCAAUCCCACGAGUGCCCUGUCGUUGCUGUCAUCCACACCCACCAAGGGGCGAUCAACGCCCUCCAACAAGCCAAUGGUUCAGGCCUCGACCAAAGGAGCGUUCGGUAUCUCCACCCCAAGCAGAGUGGUCGUAACACCCAUGAAAAGCAGCGCUGCGGCAGCGAGAGUGCCGCUCUCACCAGCGCCUCUGGCCCGCGCCGGCCCAAGCUCCCCAACUGUGGCGACCCGCCCUCAAUCUUCUGCAGCAGCUUGCAGGCCUGCUGAGCCCAACAUUGCACCAUCGUUGGCGGUUGCCCCGAAAGCAGCCGCCCAAGUUUGGAGGCUCGCUUGCGCUGUCCCUGCUAUCCUUUCCCCGAACCUUCGACGACCUCGCUUGCCGCCGAGCCACAUCCGGGUCAGAGCAUCCAUGCAAACCGACGCGAUCGCUUCGAGUUGCACUCAAACUUUGCACACCCAUGCAAGUGGACGCCGAAGUGCAGGCCGAUACCCAAAGUAAUGAAAUGGGCUGCCCGCCGCCACCGUACGCUAGUCUCGGCGACAAGAUCUCGAGUGAAAUGAACACAACGCUAAAUUCCACCCCUUCCGCGGCGCCAUCGAUUGCGUUGCGACGCCGCCCUGCAAGCGCGUUUGGGCCUACUGCCGCCCUUGCCCCAGCCCGUCCCUUGUCGGUGAUGAGACCCGCGAACGGCCUGCACGUCGACUCUAGCCUGUCAGACCUCACAGAGCAGGAGCUCUUCCGGCGAACAAAGUACAACACGCUCCGGAAUAGCCAGGUCAAGGUCACGUUGUACCGCAACGGCGAGACCAUGGACCCACGCCUUGGAGUCAGGCCAAGGCCCGCUCCUGUGGCGACAAGUGAGCCCAGAAAGCAACACAUCAAGUGGGCUGAAGAGCUGACGAACGAUGAGCCUGCAGCGCCAUCAGCGAACAAACAACGGCGGCGCUCCUCGUUGAAGCCGCUUGGCAGCGGUAAACGUUGUCCGUUCGUUGAUCAAGUUCCUGAGCCUGUUGUUAUCCGACCACUUGCUUCCAGCAAUCAGUAGAGAACCGGCCGUGACAGAACGAGAUACAACUGCAAAGCUUGCAAUGUUGAUGAUGAUGAUGAUGAUGAUGAA